CUUGACUACACUUUGCCUCCUCCUCCUCAGUCUCCUACUUUCUAUCCGAGUGCCAGAAAUGACCGUGCACUUUUCACUCCCAUGGCAGUGGUUUAGGAUUGUGCACUGAUGACAAUUGAACUGUCACUUACAUGGUGCCAAAUUGGACUUCCUGUCUUUACUCUGUUAUGGACUUCACAUGUGAUUCCCUAUGCUGGUCCUUCACUGGAACAGAGCAUUUCGCACAAGGUCGGAUGAGCUGAGACAAAACAACCGGGAGCUUUCGUGUCAUUUUAGGGACUUACAGUCAACUUCAUGCCCCAAAUCAUGACAAUGAGUAACCAACAGACUCUGUCACCUGCGCCUCUGGACCUGCGGACCACGACCAGAGGACGCGAGAGCGGCGCCGACAGGACAGCGGCCAACACAGGUCGCCCUGGAAACAGUGCUGAAGUGAAAGCGGAGUCACCGACUCACCGGGGAGACUGUAUGAAUGGAGCCCGGAUCCCCAGUAUCGAGCUCGAGCACCACCGCGAACUGUCACAUGGAAAAACAGAAAGAACUGACCACACAAAUGUCUCGGACUCCUUGCCUCAAGUCCGAAUAAAACCCGAGGCGGCAUCUGAGGACACGCUCGCUGCCAGAUCACAGGACGCAUCGACAUCGAGACUUCCCUUUAGGAAACGUCCUUAUCCUGCUGGAUCGGACACUCAGACUCAGUCCGGCACAGUAUCCUCAAAAGACUUUACCAAUGGCGCGAAAUCUCCUAAACGUGCUGUCAGCCCACCUACAAAAACAAACGGGCAUGAUGACCGCACACGCCGGGACGUUGUGGACAAUUACGCACAAGACACCACCAGACAGUUGGACCACCACAUGUUCAAUCCUUAUGCAUUACACCACUGGUCUGUCCUACCCCACGCUCUCCCUGGAGCCACGGUGCCCCUCUCCAUCAGGCCGGCCCAGGUGGAACGUCUCCACGCAGAUGUUCUCCUAGCAACGCAGCAGGAUGAGGAUGGAGACACGCCUCUUCACAUUGCGGUGGUGCAGGGCCUUGAGGAGAUGGUUCAUAGGCUGAUACACAUACUGAAGUGGGCCAAGAAGGACGUGGACAUAUUCAAUAAUAUGAGACAGACUCCACUGCACCUGUCCAUCAUCACUGGUCACGUGGCUCUGGUGGGGGCCCUGCUGAGCGCCAACGCUGACCCCGCCGCGCUGGACCGCAAUGGCCAGAACACGCUGCACCUCUGCUGCGAAUACAACCACGCCGCCUGCCUCUCCAGCAUCCUCCAGCUCUCCUCGGGCUCCACGCAAUCCUUCCUGGAGACUCGCAACUACGAAGGUCUGUCCCCUCUCCACUUGGCGGUGCAGAGUGGCAAUAAGGAGCUGGUGAAGCUACUUCUGAAAUACGGAGCCGACAUCAAUGGAGUGGACAACAAAAGUGGUCGAAGCCCACUCAUGCACGCAGUGGAAGCCAACAACAUGGCCAUGGUCAGCAUCCUCAUCGAGUAUCGCUGUGAUGUGAACGCGCAGUCCUACAGCGGCAACACGGCUCUGCACAGCGCCUGCGGUCGCGGACACAUAGAGGCGGUGCGCACCCUGCUGAAGAACGGAGGAGACAGCAGCCUGAAGAACUACCACAAUGACACCGCCAUCAUGGUGGCCAAGAACAAGAGGGUAAUAGAUGUUCUGCGGGGUAAGGGGACCAGGAGCUCCCCACUGAAAGCUACUGAUAUUCAAACCUCACCUCAGCAUACUGCCUCUCAUGCCUGGCAGCUGAACAUUCAUGGGCCUUCGUCUCCGCAGUACAUGGACUGCUCGCCUGUGUCCUCGCAACACGCCCUCCCCAUGAACCCCUUGACUCACGCAGCCCUCGACCCCUCGGCAGCCGGCACCCUGUCCAACCGGCGCUCUCCCAUGGACGUCAAGGACAGGGCGCAGAUGCAGAGGAGCCCAGGAGGAAGGCAUCACACCACCGUGGUCCGGCGGGAACAGUUUCUCCCACGGAUACCUCAGCCCUGUUUCUCCAUCUACCCUGGCGGCUACGCACAGCAGCUCGGCGUGCUGAUGCCGCCUCACCCACCCUACUCGACUGGUUUAGCAGGCUCCCUGUACCACCACCACCAUCAGGAAGGCCCUGUGCUCGUCCUGCCUCCUGGCAGCUUCCCCCCGCAGAUCCCCUUUUUUCCUCAUUCCCAGACUGUUCUAGAACAAUCGCGGUCCUCAAGCCGUAGCAGUGAUCACUCAGACGUGUCUACGAUGAGUGUGAACAGUGACAGCAAAGGGGAGAGUUACCCGGACUGAGGGGUGUACAGUAGGAGCUAGGAGGAGGCUCCACGACUGCACUGACAGUUCUACAAACUGACAUAUUCGACAUGACGUGAUUGGAGUAGAAAUGCACGUUUCCACAACAGAGACCUGCCAGAAGCCUGCUGUGUCUUUUACCUCCUGAGAAUGUAAUUGCAAUGACAAUUUUUAACUGGUCACAAAAAGGUGGUUGGACCAUGUAUUGCAAUGACCAUGCCUGUUUGUCUGUUUGUCUAUUUGUGUGUCUGCCCGCAGUGUUUUGCGUUGUCUGCGGAUGGCGCCAAACAAACAACAUUAUGUGCCUCUGGUGUUGGCCAGGGGGGCAGAAUGCCAUCACUGAUUGCUCUUGUUUCAUCCUCAGAGACCAUGCAUUUCUUACUAUUGUAAUUAACAGAAAUGCAGAAAAUGCAGAAAAUGCACUGAUCCCAGAGGAUAAUAACAAUUAUGUAUGUUCCCAUGUUUUAAAAUGUCUUUUUUAGUUCCUUUUGGUAAUAUGGUUGUGGUUACUUGUAUGGUACAGUUACAGUGUGAGCAAUAAUACUGGUGUAAUUAUAUAAGAAUGAAAAAAAGCUUAUUACAUUGUAAAAAAAAUAUUGGCACAGGAUAUAUGUUGACAUGAUUCGAUUGUGCACCAUUUUUGUCACCUUUAAAUAUAGUGUUUGUUAAAUCGUUUAUUUUUUAUAAAAUAUGUUGACUUUA